AUGUAUCUUCUUGGUGCACCAAGAUUCAAAAUAGUGACAGCCCACAAACCCAUUGUACCCAUGUUUAACAAGCCAACAGCCAAGCUACCACCAAGAAUAGAGAAAUGGGUAAUGGACAUGCAAGACGUGGACUAUGAACUAGUAUAUGAACCAGGCAAAGAUGAAGCAGAUCCACUUGACUUUCUGUCUAGACAUCCAUUGCCAGAAACAGGAUCCGACAAGACAGAAAAGAUGAUCAAGCAAAUUGUCAUGGAUGAACAUGCAGUUGUCCUUGACAAGGUCAAAGAUGAAACUACACAAGACCCACAACUGAGCAAACUCAAACAGAGGAUCACCAGAGAUGACUGGGAAGCAUUCAGGAAAGAUGAUGACAUCAAGCCAUUCUAUCCUAUUAGACAUGAGCUAUACAUCGCUGAGGGUAUGAUCUUCAGACUGAAUACGAUUGUCAUACCAGCCACCCUGCAAAGAAAAGUGAUCAAAGCUGCUCACAAGAUGGGACAUCUGGGCAUGAGAGAGAAAUAUUGGUUCCCAAAGAUGAAUACACUGACAGAACAGAUGAUAGGCCAAUGCUAUGAAUGUCAAGUCACCACUAAACAGCACAGGCAGGAACCAAUCAAAAUGACCACAAUACCAGACAAACCUUGGGAUGUAAUCGCAGUAGACUCUGGAGGUCCAUAUCCAGAUGGCCACUACAACCUAGUUGCUGUAGACAAAAGAACGAGGUAUCCAGAGGUAGAGACGACUCAUUCUACUUCCUUCAAGGCAACAAGAACCAAGAUGAAAAAGAUGUUUGCCACCCAUGGGAUACCCAACAGAGUGGAAACAGAUAAUGGACCACCUUUUAAUUCCAAGGAGUUCAAAGAGUUCGCAAAGGAAGAGGGAUUCGAGCAUAAAACGGUCACACCAGACCAUGCCCGAGCAAAUGGAGAAGCAGAAGCUUUCAUGAAGACGCUAAACAAAGUCGAACAGAUCACGCACUUGCAAAAACAAAAUCGGGAAAUAGCAGUGCAUGAAAUGCUCAUGGGUUAUAGAUCUACACCCCAUCCAGCCACACAGGUGACGCCAUACGAAGCUCUGAUGGGAAGGCCAGUGAGAACAAAGUUAGACUAUGUCGAGCCACAGAAGACAACCACAGACAGAGACACAAGGGUAAAUGAAAGAGACAAACAGUACAAAGAAAGGUUGAAACAGCAAAAGGAAAACAGAAACACAAAAUCACACAACCUAGUGCUUGGAGACUUUGUCCUACUCAAACAACAAAAGAGAAACAAAUGGACAACAGCAUUUGAACCAGCAUUCUAUGUGGUAUACAGAAUUGAUGGAUCUUCUGUAGCUGCCAGACGAAUAACUGAUGGUCGAGAGGUAUACAGAGAUGGCAGCCAAUUCAAAUUGGUAAAUUCUGUGAUGCAAAACCAGGAUCAAACAAUUACCAAUGACACAGAUGCCUGGAGAGAAAGCUUAUUGCAAGAAACUGUUCCAGACGACAAUCUACCUACACCAGGAGAUGACAUCACACCCAACCAGAGAGGGGACCUACCAAAUGAACAACAACCCAGACCAAAUGCUCCAACCAAACCAACUAUACCAACCCGGGGAGAUGAUCUACCAAUGCCAGAAACCUACCAAACCCCAGGGCGACAACUCAAAGCAGUGGUGUAA